UUCAGUCCUCAGUCUUGAUUUUGCCGGUCAAGUGGCAAGACGUGUAUACACUUAAUAUAUUUCGAUUAAAGAGAUAAUAAAUAUAUAAAAUAGGACGUUUAAUAAUUAAUUAUUAAUAAUGGUGUUAGGUAUAAUCAGUAGAAAUAUAUAUGUUAGAUUUGGAGCUGGUUGUAGAAAUAAAUUACAAAUAAAUAAGACAUGUGCUGUGAAUUUUUCAAUAAAAAGUGACACAGAUGAAACGCAAACUGAUAAAACAGAAUUGAAAGCACCAGUUGGAGAUGGAAAAUAUUUUAAAUCUGUUGAUCAAGCUAUAACUGAUAUUCCUGAUGGUGCUAAAUUAUUAGUGGGUGGUUUUGGACUAUGUGGUAUACCUGAAAAUUUGAUAAAUGCAAUCAGUAAGAAAGGAUGUAAAAAUUUAACAGUUGUAUCAAAUAAUGCUGGUAUUGAUGAUUUUGGUUUGGGAAUACUUUUAUCACAGCAAAGAAUAAAACGAAUGAUUGCAUCUUAUGUUGGUGAAAAUGCUGAAUUUGAAAAACAAUAUCUUAGUGGUAAUCUUGAAGUUGAAUUAACACCACAGGGUACACUAGCAGAACGUAUUAGAGCCGGAGGUGCUGGUAUACCAGCAUUUUUUACAUCAACUGGUUUUGGCACGAUAAUUCAAGAAGGUAAUGUUGUAAUUAAACAUGAUGCUAAUGGCAAUCCUGAAAUAUCAGGUGAACCAAGACAUUUUCAAGAAUUCGAUGGAAAAAAUUAUGUUAUGGAAACUGCAAUUACUGGAGACUUUGCAUUAAUAAAGGCAUGGAAAGCUGAUAAAGCUGGAAAUUUAAUUUUCAAUAAAUCAGCAAGAAAUUUUAAUCCUGUGAUGUGUAAAGCUGCCAAAGUUACAAUUGUUGAGGCUGAAGAAAUUGUUGAAGUUGGUCAACUUGAUCCUGAUAAUAUUCACGUACCCGGAAUUUAUGUAGAUAGAAUUAUUAAAGGACGUAAUUAUGAAAAGCGUAUUGAAAAAAUAAAAACUAGUUCUUCAUUAAAAUCGAAAAAAUCAACGCCAGCAAGUAAAGCUAGAGAUAAAAUUAUUCGACGUGCUGCUUUAGAAUUUAAAGAUGGAAUGUAUGUUAAUUUAGGUAUUGGAAUGCCAAUGUUAGCUGCUAAUUACAUUAAGAAAGGCAUGAAUGUGACACUUCAAUCUGAAAAUGGAAUUUUGGGCCUUGGUCCUUAUCCAGAUGAAAAUCAAGUUGACCCAGAUUUAAUAAAUGCUGGUAAAGAAUCAGUAACUGUUGCUCCCGGUGCAUCUUUCUUUGGCAGUGAUGAAAGCUUUGCUAUGAUAAGAGGUGGUCACAUUCAAUUGACAAUACUUGGAGGUAUGCAGGUAUCUAGGAAUGGAGAUUUAGCCAAUUGGAUGAUUCCUGGAUCGAUGGUCAAGGGUAUGGGUGGAGCAAUGGACUUAGUUUCUGCCGCAGGAACAAAAGUGGUUGUCACGAUGGAACACACAGCUCGUGAUGGCAGCCCUAAAAUUUUAGAAGCUUGUACAUUGCCUGUCACCGGCCAACAAUGUGUCGAUUUAAUUAUUACGGAUUUGGCUGUUUUCGAAGUUAUUGAAGGCGAAGGCUUACGAUUGAUUGAAUUAGCUCCUAAUGUUGAUAUCAGCGAGGUUGUUAGUUCAACCGGUUGUGAGUUUUCUGUUGCUGAUGAUCUUAAAGUUAUGGGACAAAUAUCUAUGGAUGAUGAAAGCUAAAUUUUUUUUUAAAAGAAAAAAUUUAUUACAGCAUUUUUAAAAUAUUAAUUUAUAACCCAAUAAAUAUGAUAUAUUGUAAAAAAAAAUUGUAUAUUUUGUAAAGUACAAUAGAAGUAUUAUUUUGUACAUUAUUUAAAACAAAACGUUUUUGAAUUAGCAAAUUAAUACAUAUAUAUAUAUUAAUCAACUUAAUUAUUA